AUGGUCUCGGAGCGAACUCCGGAGGAUUAUCUACUACCCCCACUAUUUGGAUACCUGAGGAAGCAGUUAAGGCUGGGAUUUGCUGAGUCAUCUAUUCAGUACCUUACCUUACAUAACCAGACGGAACGGCUCCUGGUUCCGACUAGUUCGGAUUUCCUGGACGAUCCCCGUGCUUGUUACUGGCUAGUCUGGCGGUUUGCUUCGAGACGCGCCGCGGCCAUUAAUCGUGCCUCCGACGAGGAUUUAGCCGCUGCACGGGAAUGGCUCGCAUCCCUCCAUUCCAAGUCAAUUCCGCGUCACAUCUGCGAGAUUUCAUUCAGCCGUUCCAGCGGCCCCGGUGGCCAGAACGUAAACAAAGUGAACUCAAAAGCAACACUCAAGGUGCCUCUUCAAUCACUCUUGCCUCUGGUGCCUACUAUUCUACACCCUCCACUACGGUCGUCCCGCUACUUCGCAGAGAGGACGCAGAGCCUCGUUAUACAAUCGGAAGAGUCGCGGAAGCAGGCUACCAACGUGGAGUACUGUUAUGAAAAACUCCAUCAAAUACUGAGAAGUACUGCAAAAGAUAUCAUCCCCGGAGAGACCUCUCAGGAGCAGAAGGAUCGCGUGCAUAAAUUGAAAAAAGCUGAAAACGAGGCACGGAUUAAGGCAAAAAAGCUGCACAGCAGCAAAAAGAGUAGCCGACGGGGUGGUACAAAUGACGAAUGA